UUGCAAAGUGAUGUGUAUUAUUUUCUCAAAAAUAGAAAAAAUGAAUAAAAAGAUCUAAGAAAGAUGGGCAUAGUUGGUCAGAAAACAGAUGGAUCCAAGUUCUUCAAUGCAAAUAAUAUGUAUGUAAUACUAAUACUUAAAGAGAAUCAGUGUUGUGACAUAUUGAAUUAUCCUAUAAGAUAUAUUAAAUACAAAGAAUAUUUUGUUUUUAAUGUGAUAUGGGCUGAAGUUUGUAUUUAUAUAAAUUCAUUUUUAUUAGUGUGACCAAAUUCCAAGUUUUGUGCAAGAUUGUUAGAGCAUUUUAUCUUAUUAAUAUUUAACUUUAACAAGUAUUCAAAUAUGUUCAGGUAUGCAUAGAAAACAGAUUUUAUAAUCUAAUAACGUGCAACAUUCUAAAAUAAACACAAUUUUUUUGGCAGAUACUAGUAUUGGUUGAUAUACUAGUUUCUGAUGCAGGCAUUGGCAAGAAAUAUUCUAGUCUUGUCCUAAGUGUCUUGAUUCAGCCCCAUAAUGAUAUUUGUCAGGUUUUGUGUCAUUUUUACCAUGGUCAUAUCAUAUGGCUGUAUAUAUUAAGUGCUAUCAAUACUUCAUCUCACAAGUGUAACCAUGAACUCAUAUGGUUGAUAUGAUGGACUAAAUGUUCCAACUGGAGUUAAGGGUGAUAGGAAGAAUAGUUUGUUUUCAUUUGUUGUCCAAAAUUAACAGGAUUUUGUUCACAUUUGAUCCAAACGUCAGGCACUUGUCGAACUGGAAGUCCUACACCACAUCUUUGUGGAGAUGUUCACAGAGAUAAUCCCGUGGGACGGCCCCAGUUGGUAAUUGGUUCAGUAAUGCUACGUGGAGGUGAACCGUUUCACAGAAUGAAAGCAAGGGAGAUGGGAUGCUGCCAGUUGUUCUCUAGGUUAUUCACAGUCUGACCUGACACCUGGUGAACAGAAGACUGUGAACUGGACAGAAUGAGGAUCACUAUGCCUCGAAUCCUCCUCCUCCUGUUCCUCCUCUCCAUGGCAACCAUGAUGUUUGUUGCAAGGUGUGGUAUAAACAUGGACAAGGUCCUUCUGCAUCAGAACGCUGGGGUGGAACCUUCAUUCCAUGAUAAAGAGCAUUAUGAAGCUCUCUUGUCUCAGCAGAGACUUGAGUAUGAGAGGAGGAUAAACAGUUUGGAGAACCAGUUGGCUGACUUAACCAGGACUCUACAACAAGUUCAGAGUAAAAGUAGGGAAAAUGACAGACAAGAAGUUGAGGAUGAAAUGGAGGCCAUUCCUAUUAAAUCCAGUGCAAUUGAUUAUCAUAAAUUUAAUGCCAUGCAAUUGGAAACAUCAGAACUUUUACAUGGUGUGCCAUAUAAGACUGAAUAUGAAAUGGAAUCAUUCAACAUGUUCACACUUAAUCGGAUCUAUCUCAUCAACCCUGGGUUAGGACGUAGAGUGGUGGAAAAACCCAUUGGAUACAAGAAAAAGGACCUGUUUGAGGUGCUAGGACAUGCUGUUGACUCCAUGAAUGCCAGAAGGAGAGCCAAGAAAGACUUGUAUUCUACAGACCACUUUCUCCAAGGGAUCUACCGGGUCGAUCCUUCUGUAGGAGCACACUAUGAACUUUAUUUCAGGGAUUUAGACAAUAUGACAUCAGACACUUCAUACAGUAAAGUGUCCAUCAUGAGACCUUUUGGUCCUCUUAUGACUGCUGUCACGGAAAAAAUUGACACUGCCAAAGAAAUGAUAAAUCUUAUCUUGCCACUGUCAGGGAGAAUAGAAACUUUCAGGACAUUUUUGGAUCGUUUCAUUAAACUCUGUAUCUUAAUUGAUCAGAGGGUGUAUCUGACUGUUGUAUAUUUCGGUUUCGAAGGUUUAAAUGAUGUCAAAUCUUUACUUAACUUUGUCACAAGAAAAUAUAAUUUCAGUAACAUUAAACUCAUCAAUUUGAAUGAGAAGUUUUCAAGAGGAAAAGGACUUGAAGUUGGUGCCAAAAGUUUGACUAGCAGUGAUGCACUGAUGUUUUUCUGUGAUGUUGAUGUUGUAUUUUCUGCAGAUUUCCUGGAACGUUGUAGAAUGAAUACUGAAAAAGGAAGAAGAGUGUAUUAUCCAAUUGUUUUCAGUUUAUACAACCCAAAAGUUGUCUACUCUCUGCAUGAUGCUCCCAUUCCUAAACAAAAAGACCAGCUUAUAAUUUCCAGAGAUGCUGGAUUUUGGAGAGACUUUGGUUAUGGUAUGACAUGUCAGUACCAUUCUGACUUCCUGAAACUGGGAGGAAUUGAUGAGGACAUAAAGGGGUGGGGAGGAGAAGACGUGUUACUGUUUCGAAAAUAUGUGAAAAGUAAUUAUAUGGUUGUGCGUGCCACAGAUCCAGGGAUAUUUCAUCUGUGGCAUGAAAAACAUUGCGACCCUAAUCUUACAUCAGAACAGUACAGGAGUUGUAUACGCUCAAAGGCACUUAAUGAGGCAUCCCAUGCUCAGUUGGGAAUGUUAGCCUUUAAGGAUGAAGUUGAUCUUCACAGAAGCUAUAAGAAAAAAGAGCAGGCAAAGCUUAAUGGUCAAUUAUGAGGAUUGGUUUACUCCCCUGGUGCUAUUUUGUCGUCCAUGUAACUUGUAUUUUGUAAAAGGUACCAAGCUAAUUUAUUUAAAGUACUUGUACUUCAGGUUGAAAUUAUAUAUAAUACAGCAAUAUGAUGAGA